AUGGAGAUUGAUGAAUAUAAAUUACGAGCAUUUCAUUCGAACAUCCAACAAUCAGUCUUCGUUUUUUGUGAGGUGAACAACCAACAAGAAGCGAUGAAGUUCUUGCUAAUAGUCAGUACACUGAUAGUUCUCGCCGUUGCAUCUCAUGACAAUGAGCAGCAACAUCGCGAUGAAGAACGCCAAAAUCAACCAGAUCAACAAAAACACAAAUCAAACCGCAGAUGGUAUGGUGCAUGGGACCAAGACAAGGAAUACGUUUACCAAGUCGAAUCUCGUACAUUGACCGCUCUUCCCGAUUUAAAAGACCAAUGGGUUGGUAUUUUGAUGAAGGCCAAGCUCACAGUUCGACCACGUGAUCGUAAUCAUCUUCAAAUGAAGUUGGAUGACGCUCGUUAUGCCAACGUUCAUCAAGAGUUGGAUCAUGGCUGGGGUGCACCAAUCCCUGACGAUCAGCUCAAUUAUCAACCAAUGAAGAUCAGCACUCGACCAUUUGAGGUGGAACUUAAGAAUGGCGCAAUUUAUCAAAUGGCUUUCCAUGAGAAAACCAACAACGACGAAGCCAACAUGAUCAAGGGAAUUGUUUCUCAAUUACAAGUUGAUACACAAGCUCAAUAUUUGAUUAAAUGCAGUUCAAACCAAUUGCCAGAACCAAAGACUGUGAACGGUGUCUUCAAGACCAUGGAACCAUCGGUGACUGGAAAAUGUGAAACAAUGUAUGAUGUUUCACCAAUUCCAGAACACAAGGUUGCUUCAAAUCCAAGCUGGGUGCCUUUGCCACAACUUAAACGUGAACAUGAUCUUUGCAUUGAAGUUGUUAAGACUUUGAAUUACAGCAAUUGCGAAGCCAACUUGGGAUAUCAUUAUGGCAUCACUGCUGUGAGUAACCAAAAGCCUGGAUCGAACAAGAUGGGAGAGUGGCUUGCAAGAUCGAACGUUCAACGCACCGUACUUACUGGAACAUUGCAAAACUACACCAUCCAAAGCUCAAUCACUAACAACAAGGUUGUCGUCAGCCCUGAACUCUUCAACACACAAAAGGCAAUGGUCGCAUCUCGCGUCAACUUGACUUUGUAUUCAGUGCAAACCAACCAAGGAGCCAAGAAUUUGACUAACUUGGUUCACUCAAGCUUAGAGCAACAAAAACAUGACAAUUCAAACAACAAGCAAGCUCACAAAGAUCAUUACGAACAAAUGCAAGAAGAGAAGCAAAUGCAACAUGAAGCUGAAAAGGCAAGAAACAAGAUUACUCAAUCACGUUCACGUCGCAGCAUUCCAGAAGCUCCACUUCCACCAUUCUUGCCAUUCGCACUCGAAUUCAACAACAUCAACGCUCAUCGUGAAGCAAUCAAAGUUGCUCAACAAAUUGGCGAUGAAAUUCAACAUCCAAAUCAAAUGCCAAAGGCUCAAACUCUUACCAAAUUCAACAUUUUGGCUCGCCUUGUUCGUAUCAUGAGACAAAAGGAGAUUUAUGAUGUUGGUCAGCAACUCUUCGCUCCCCAACAAUCUGAAGAUUUCCAUUCAUCAAAAUCUGGCAUCCGCAACUCUGCAUGGAAAGCUUAUCGUGACGCUGUCGCUGAAGCUGGAACUCCAGCAUCUUUUGCUACAAUUGCCCAAUGGAUUCAAGAAGGAAAGGUUCGUGAAAACGAAGCCGCUACUUUGAUCGCCACUCAAGUUAGAGCAAUUCGCUACCCAACUGAACAAGUCAUGAAAGCUUUCUACGACUUGGCUACCAGCGAAAGUGUUCAGAAGCAACAAUAUCUUAACGCCACAGCUCUCAACGCAAUGUGCAACUUCUUGCGUCGUGCUCAAGUCAGCAACCAUUCCGCUUACUCUUAUUAUCCAACACACGCUUUCGGACGCAUGGCAAGCAAAGGUUAUCGCAUUGUUCAACGUCAAGUCAUUCCAUAUCUUUCUCACAAACUCAACAUUGCAUCACAGAAUGAAGACAGCGAAAAAAUGUUGGUCUACAUUCGUGCUCUUGGCAAUUUGGGCCAUCCAGCAAUCUUGAAUGUUUUGGAACCUUAUCUUGAAGGAAGAAUGCCAACAACUGAAUUCCAACGCUUAGCAAUUGUCGUUGCUUUAGACAAACUCUGUGAUAAUUACCCCAGACAAGCACGCACUGUCUUGUACAAAAUCUACCAGAACACAGCAGAUCGUGAUGAAGUUCGUGUUGCCGCUGUUUUCCUUAUCAUGCGCACAAAUCCACCAGCACAUAUGCUUCAACGUAUGGCAAGUAUGACUAACACUGAGAUGUCAAAGAAUGUCGUCGCUGGAGUUAAGAGUGCUUUGGAAAAUGCUGCCCGAUUGGAAAAUCAUGGCGACUUUGAACUUUCUGAAAAUGCUGAAGCUGCUCGCAAAUUGCUUACCAAUCGUCGCGUUCCAGAUGCUCACAACUCGAGAGUUAUGAUCAUUGAUUAUAUUAUGAAGGAAUUGAAUCUUGGAUACAAGAAACAAUCACUUCAAAUUGGAAGCGAAGACUCAUUGAUUCCUAAAGGCAUUUGGUGGCGCACCACUAAGUUCAUGGGAGGAUACAAAAACCGCAACAACGAAUUCCAAGUUUUGGUUUCAAGUGUCAACCAACUCUUCGAUAUGAUUGACGGACGUAUCCGUCAUUGGGGACCAGAGAAGAAUAAGGAGAGAAACUACAACACAUACAACAAUUAUCAUCGCAUUGAACCAACAAAGAACGACAGAUUCAACUUCGAAGAUAUUGAAAAACUUUUGGAAAUUCAAGCUGAACAAGCCCAAGAAUUAGAAGGACAAAUCUUGCUUAAGAUUGCCAACACCAAACGUUACUUCAACUUCAAUAAUCAGACAAUCGAAGAGAUGCCACGCACUCUCCGUCGUGUUGCUAAAGCAUUGGAAGGUGGACAACAAUUCAACUCCACAAAAUGGUUCAACCAAGAACAAAUCACUCUCGGAUUCCCAUUGGCUUCUGGUUUACCUUUCUUGUUCACAUACAAGACACCAACAGUUAUGCGCGCUGGUGGAGAAAUCCGCAUUCGCACAACCCCAAGCUUAGCUCAAAGUACUGACGAAGAAGUUGUCAUUCCAAAACACUUCAAUGCAUCAACUGAAAUUGAAGUUCUCUACUCAACACAAACUGAUGCACGUGUUGGCUUCUUGACAUUGUUCAAUCAUCGUCGUUAUGUUGCUGGUGUUCAAAAGAAGAUUCAAGUUAAUCUUCCAUUGAGAGUCACUUUGGAUGUCGACAUUAAGACCGACUUUGUUCAACUUCAAAUGGAACCUUUGGAUCAGAAGAAUGACAUCGUUCUUCUCCACACAAGCUCAUGGCCAUACACUCAACAACGUCACAUUCAAGCUGCAUUCCAAGAAACCAAAGACUCUGACACUAAAAUCAUUUCAACCAGAAAGGUCCGAGAAUUCGAUCAACGAUUCGGUCAAGAUUCAACUGGAAUGGUCAUUCAUGUCAAUGCUAAAUAUGAAAAGGAAUUUAUUGACGCCGCUCGUGCAAUGGAAUAUUGGAGACGUAAUGAUAUCCUCUCAUUGAUCUUGUACACAUCUGCCCAAGAAAACAACGAAUUCUAUCACAUCGACGUGACAUUGGACAAUCAAAGAUCACAAGCAUUGUGGGUUAAAGUGAAGAUGCAAUUCGACAAACAAAACCCAUGGGAGCAUGGAAAAGAUCAACCAAAACAUCCUAAAGACACAACCAACACUAAGAACUACGCUCAUCCUCAUGACACUGAUGCCAACUCUGACGCUCGUCGUGAACAAUUCAUGCAAAAUGCUGGAGCUGCAAUUGCCAAUGCUUAUGUCACUGGCGUUGACGCUUCAAUCAGCUUCCAAGGAAAACAAGAAAAGAUUUCACAGUACAUUGCAACAAUCGCUUAUGCUGACAGCAAGGCUAACAAUCAACAACGUUUAGUUGUCUUCCUCGGCGGAAACCCAGCCAAGGACUCCAAAUCUCAAAUGUGUCUCCAUGUCGAAGCACAAAUGCCAAAUGUUCCACAAUUGAACUUCAAGAAUGCUUUGAAUCAUAACGAAGACGCUCAAAUGAGAGUUGAACUUGAUUUCGGAGACAAGUGCAAGGAUGGACAACACAUCAGCAUUACCACAAAGAUGCAUCAAAGCCAAGAACGCAGAGAUCAUCUCGAACAAUUCUUAUUGGGAAAACAAUGUUUGCAACAAAUGAAAGAAGGAAACUUCUUGAUGCCAGCAUGCCAAAACGCAACUUAUCUUGCCAACACUUAUGAUCAAUACGACAUCCAAGCUGACUUUGACAAUCUUUCUCUUAAGACUAAAAAGGUUGCUUAUGGUGCUUAUGCAUGGCUCCGUCAUAUCGGAUUCGAUUACGUCUUUGAAAAUCCUUUGAAACCAGAAGGAAGACCAAAACAAGUUCAAGGACAAAUCAGCUUCGCUCCAAAUAUGCGCAGUGUUAAUGUUUCAUUGGAUUCAAGCAUUAUUUCAACUAAUUGGACGAAUGUACCAGUCAAGAAGUGGGCAAAGAGCCUUCCAGUUCAUCCCGAUUACAGUCUUCGUGAGCGUUUGGUCGGCCAAGCUACACACUGGCAAUAUCAAGCCAAUUGCGCAAUCGGCCAAAACAAAGUCAACACUUUUGACAACGUUACUUUCGAACAUAACAUUGAAAACUGCUGGCAUGUUGCUUUCUUGAGCAUCGCUCAUGGAAGAAAUUACUCUGCAACUGCUCCACAUUGGAAACCAGAAGUUGAUCAAGAAGACGAUGAAAAAUUGGCAAUCCUUGUACGUGAAACUGCUACCAAGCAACAAGAAUUGAUUCUCAUCAUUGGACAGAAACAAGAAGAAGAUCAUGUCAUUCGUAUCGAACCAAACGGUAAUGAAUGUCCAAAACUUUACAUCAACAAACAAGAACAUGCCGUCAAAUUGACCAAGGCUGUUGAAUACCAUGGACUUGACGCUCAAGACACUCCACUUUUGAGAGCCAAUGCCUUGCCAAAUGGUGAAAUCCGCGUUGAAAUCCGUGAUGGUGAUCUUACGAUCUACAGUGAUGGAUAUCGCAGCAAGAUCAUCGCUUCCAGCCAAUAUCGCAAUCAAGUUGGUGGAAUUUGUGGAACUUACAAUCAAAAGAGCGAAGACGAAUUCCUUACACCAGCUAACAAGAUUGUUCGUAAAGUUCAAGAUUUUGUUGGAUCAUGGGCUUUGUUGAAUGACGAAUGCAAGAGCGAUGCUAACAAGUACGCUCAUGAACAAUGGCAGAAAGCUUACCAAUACGAGAAGGAAACUAUUUAUGGAAACAUCAUCAACGAGAGAGAAGCUGGUCGUAAACAAUUCCGUUGGCACAAGGAUUUCUCUCUUGAAGAUUCAUCCAAAGGUGGAAGAUCAUCAAGCAGCAGUUCAUCGAGCAGUUCAAGCAGCUCGUCAUCCUCAUCAUCAAGCUCUUCAUCAUCCAGCUCAGAAGAAACUAAAGGCAAAGUUACUCCAUACAAUGGAGAACCAUGGCAACGUGUUCAAUAUGCUGAACGUGAAGGUCAAAUCUGCUUCACCAAACGCCCAAUUCCCAUUUGCAAAUCCGGCUACAGACCCUUAGAAACAUCAACAAAGUUCUAUGAUGUGCAUUGUUAUGAUGUUAAGAGUGCAGCAGCUAAACAAGCCAAGAAGCAAAUCCAAAAGGGAAAGAAUCCUGACUUCAGCAACAAAGAUGUCACCACGACAUUGAAAUUCACUUAUCCAAUUAAAUGCGAGAAGAAAUCUAAGAAGUCACGCCAAUAAAUUUAACUACAACUGCCACGCAACAGGAAAAACGAAAAUGGACUUAACGAAUAUAGAACUAAUGUAGAGUAGAAAGAGCAUCCCAAAAAAUCGUGAAUGAUAUUUCCGUAUCAAACACACAAAAAAAAUUAAAAUUAUUACAGGAAAAUGUAAAAUUCAAAAAAUUUAAUUGAAAAAUAAAAUUGAUAUGAACAUUCGAAAGAUAAAUUAAAAGCAA